CCCCGCUAGAUCGAAGACUUGUAGAUUGAUGAUUAGGGUGGACAGGUUGUGGAGAGUCCGGAGGCCUGGGGAAAUAGAGAGUCCAGCCCUAACGGUGCAACAAGACCGCGGUGUUUCUCACCGGUCUCGCAUCCACGAAUUUCGCCGCGGCUCCAUCUUUUAACACCGGACUUGGAAAUUUGUCCGCGGGCUCAUUCUGCAUAUCCAUCCGGCGAGCGGUUACCCAGGCCGGGGUUCUGAUGACUUGGUGAAAGGCUUGGUGCGAUAUCUCGGAUUGACAGCUUCUUUUUCUCAUCGCCUCUUGCUCGUAAACAAGACUUCCACGUCUAAUCUCAAAUUUGUCAAUCUUGCUUCCACACUCCAAGCUCAUCAUGCCCAUCAGCGAAGUGUCUGAAAGGGACGAGAUGGUUUUGUACCAGAAUCCUGUCGUGUCUGGCUUUGCUCCGGAUCCAAGCGUUGUCUUCGUCGAUGAAGUCUUUUAUUUGGUCACCUCUUCUUUCCAUCUCUUCCCUGGCAUUCCAAUAUAUGCUUCUCGGGAUUUGAGAUCGUGGUCCUUGGUUGGUGAGAAAAGUGGUAUGGCAUGUAUAGAUUCGUCUAGACUGA